AUGUGGGUUUUGAAAGAAGUGUAGAUGAGAGAGAGGGAGAGAGAGAGAGAGAGAGAGAGAGAGAGAGAGAGAGAUCAAAAAAUGAAGGAAACAGUAGCAAUUGUAGUAGGAGCUGGGCCUGCUGGCAUAUCGACUUCAGCUUGUCUAAACCUCCAAUCCAUCCCUCACAUUCUUAUUGAAAGAGAAGAUUGUUACUGUCCUAUAUGGAAGAAGAAAGCUUAUGAUCGUCUCCACCUUCACCUUCCAAAGCAAUAUUGUGAGCUCCCUCACAUGUCUUUCCCUGAAUCUUACCCAAAAUUCGUACCAAGGAAGCAAUUUGUCCAAUAUUUGGAUGAAUAUGUGAGUACCUUUAAGGUGAAUCCGGCAUGUAAUCGGACGAUCGAAUUGGCGACAUAUGAUGAAGUUGCGAAAAAAUGGAGUGUCAAGGUUAGGCACAACAAGAGUGAUGAGAUUGAGGAAUAUAAAGCUAGUUUUCUGAUAGUGGCUACCGGCGAAAAUUGCGAACCAUUUAUCCCGGAGAUGGAAGGGCUUGAGACCUUCAAAGGGGAGGUGUUACAUUCUACUCAGUAUAAGAGUGGGAGUAAGUAUAACAAUAAGAAUGUUUUGGUUGUUGGAUGUGGUGAUUCUGGAAUGGAAAUUGCUUGUGAUCUAGCCAACUAUGGUGCCAAGACCUCUGUUGUCAUCCGUAGCCCGCUUCACGUUCUGACCCGAUGGAUGGUACAAUUCACCUUGUUCUUGUGGAAAUAUCUUCCCCUUCACUGGGUGGAUGCAAUAAUUGUCAUCCUCAGCAUGCUCUGGUUCGGUGAUAUGAGCAAGUACGGCAUAACAAGGCCCAAGGAAGGUCCCUACUACAUGAAGGACAAAUAUGGAAAGUACCCAAACAUCGAUGCCGGUGCCAUUAAGAAGAUUAAGGCUGGCGAGAUCCAGGUUUUACCGGGAAUAAGUAGCAUCGAUGGUAAUGAGGUGUCCUUCACGAAUGGCAAGUCCUACUAUUUUGAUGUGGUUCUGUUUGCCACCGGCUUUCGUAGAACAACUAAGAAGUGGCUCAAGGGAGACGAUUACCUUUUGGGAGAAGAUGGGAUUGCGAAACAAAGUUUUCCUAACCAUUGGAAGGGAAAGAAGGGUUUGUACUGUGCCGGGCUGGGAAGGGCUGGUUUGCGAGGACUCGGCAUGGAUGCCCAAAGCAUAGCUAAUGAUAUAAAGACACUCUUGUGAAGAGGCCACAACCCAGCCCCUUAGUUUAAGCCUAUAUAAGUUACUUUAAUGGAAGAAAAAAAAAACUUAUGUCCAAGUUUUCAAUCUAUCUCUGGUUGCUUAUAUGAAAGCGUGAGGCAAAUGUUGAAGCCCAUAAUAUUACCAGAUGAGCUGUGUCUUCUAUCGAAAGCUGUUGCAUUCUCUGUUGCUGUCCAUGGGCCUUUUGAUAAGUGAUAAAUAAAGUCUUUAUCUAUUUGGGUACCCAAA